UUCCUUUUCUUUUCAUGUAAAGAGAUGCUUAACCAUUAAUGGACUGCAAAAAGGAAAUCGCAUGGGUUAAUAUACCCGUACAAUGAGGAAAAUAUUAUUUAAAAUAGCAUGGAUAAUAGAUUCUUUUCUACGUAUUAAGUGUUAAGUGCGUGCGUACAUGGCUUUAUAAACUGUUGCUUAUUCAGACAGAUAUGGGAAAGUCGGAGAGAGUGAUCAGUAUGGGAUAUGCUGAGAAGUUUGUGGACAUGUUUCCGGUGAAAGUGAAACCUUACCUGAAAAUCAUGAGACUGCACGAUCCAACAUUAAAUGUGAUGGUGUUUUGGCCUACUGCAUGGAGCAUAGAAUUGUCAAGAACUACCAGACAUUGGCCAGAUGGAUACCUUCUAUUGGUUUUCGUUAUGGAGUCGUUUAUUCUGCAUGGUGCAGGUCUUAUUUUGAAUGACAUGUUUGACAGGUCGAUAGACGUCAAGGUCAAAAGAACUCAAAGUCGUCCUUUGGUAACUGGAGAGUUAACAUACAAACAGGCAGCAUGCUUACUUGUCUUCAGUUUGUCUGUUGGCAUAGCACUACUUUUGCAGUUUAAGAGACAAUGUCUAUGGUUGCUAGUUGCUUGUUCGAUUUGUUCGUCAGUAUAUCCGAUCUCAAAGAAAUUCAUUUACUUUCCAGAAAUUGUUUUAGGUGUUAGCUGUAGUUUUUCUGUGUUAAUUGGCUGGAUUGCUUCGAUAGGAGAGCUGGAUUGGCGUGCUUCACCUCUGUAUAUAUCAGGUGUACUGUACUGGACGGUGUCAUAUACAAUCUAUAAUUGCCAGGAUAAACGUACAGAUAUUAAAAUCGGGGUGAAAUCUGCGACUUUGAAGUUUGGAAACCAAACAGGAACCUGGUUGUGGGGUUUUAGUUGUAUGUUCCUUACAACUCUUGCAAUCUCUGGAUACAUGUGUCAGCAAACGUGGCCGUAUUACUUAUUUCUUCUAAUAUCUGGUGCAGUUAUAGCACAUAAGUUAUCAUCGGUUGAUCUCGACGACCCUGCAUCUUGUUAUGAACAUUACUCAUUUUCUGUUGUCGGAUUAACAGUCUUAUGGGGGAUAAUGGCGGGAAAUCUAAUCAAGUAGCUGUGAAUCUUUUUUCAUUGGCGACAAGAAGGUCCAAGUAAGGAAAUGUAUUUGGAUUUUAUGUGCUGACAGAGCGUAGUGAGACAAUCCAUUACACUAGCUGCAUUUAACAGUAUAAAAUGUUGGACGCGGUGUAAAGAUAUUGCUGGCUUGCACCUCUUUAUAUAGCCAGUGUAAAUUACAUUACGUUACAACGUUCGACCCUAAUGGGUCACCAUAAUAGAAGACUAGCGUGUUUCGUUACCUCUCAUGAUAAGACUCUAUCAGUUUAGUGCUUAUUUUAUUACACAUUUCAUUACAUCUCAUGACUAGAUGUUACUAACGCAUCUUACACAACAUUCUACUGAAACUGUAUAACGUUUUAAGUGUCAGUUGAUGUGUAACUGGUGUACAAAGUAUUUAGUUAUUCAUUAAUUUGAUUAGCAAUAACAUGAUUUUUUGAGUCGGCUAAACGCUGUCAAGCGUUUGACGAGUCCUUGCUAUCGCCCGAUUUCUCGUUCUUAAAUGGCCUCACAACACAGCGAAGUGAUGUAGUUCCAUCAGAUUGUCUCUAAUUUCAAAGAGUUCAUUGAUCGAAUGAAGUUCAUUUAUGUCAAUUCUAUUUGCUAUGACCAAUAUACGAUGUAAUCUGUCAUAUUUAUGACUUGUAAUUGUGCAAUACUCGAGUAAAGCCACGUAUUUUUGUUCCGCGGUAACUCAUUAAGCAUAAACACGCAUAACAAUUAUGCGGGAUUUGGUAAUACAUUUGCGCAUAUGAUUAUGGUGACGAAUUUUAUGCCCUUUUGUCACAAAAUAGCAAAUUAUGAUGUUCACAAAUUCAAAUAAAAACUGCAUAUUAACUUAUUAGCCAAAUUAUCCAUUUGCUACCCUGUCCGUUUCAAAAAAUAAUCUUUAAAAUCAUUGCGCAAAUAACAAAUUUAUUGCGCUGUGCAUUUUAUGAAUUGCGCAGGCUUACAAAGCUUGCGUAACAUCCAGCGAAAGACAAAAUAUAGUUCCAGAACAUACUGCUAGUAUUUUAUUGAGUGGGUAUCUCUGAAAGCAUUGGAAUGUAUCUUAUCAAAGAGUUUACCACAUCGAUGAAAUUAAAUUAUGACAGCUUCAUUUUAAAUGACCCGAAUAAGAUAUGUGCAGUACGUUAAUUCUUCCGCGAGACUUCGCGGAUGAAUCCUAACUACAUUCUGGACACUUGUCGGCGAACACGCGUGACCUGUUUAUAACAACGCUUCUACGACUUUGCGUGGGUUGAAUUUUGCAGUCAGUAAACGGAUAAAUUAUCGGAAGAAGAAGCUCUUACUGGUUUGUUUAGUUACUACUGAUAUUAAAAAUGAUUUUAUUUCUUAUUUUUCGAGAAAUAAACAAAUCGGCGAAACAUUAAAUUGUAUUUUCUUGUAGUUUUUGAAAUCGAAAGUAGAUCGUCUAUGUUUGGCUGCUUUGACGAAACGAAACAACUUUUUUAUGAAAAGAUUUAAA